CUAUGAAAUGCCUGGGAAUCCUGUCCCUUACAUAUCCAUUCUCUCCUUCACUGGUCCUCCCUGGAUCACUUGGAUCAUGCCGCUCCUGUGAUCUUAAAUACUGGAUCACUCUAUCGAUGCGUGAUCCUCGUGACGUGACCGAACUGCCGUUCCUCCACUCCAAUCCCUUGUCCACUUUUCCGAGUAGGGUUCCUGAAAGUCUGCCAACAGACCUGCUCUGACUUCGUAACACCUAGUGACCUUAUACUAUUAUUAACUACUAAAAAUAAGGCGGUUGUUUUCAC